AGUGUUUGGCAGCAGACAUGGACACCGCCUCUUUUCUCGUCGUCCUUUCGCUGAUUCUUCUCGGGUAUCUCUACCUCAGAAGGAGGAAGCUCUACGCCAACCUUCCCCCAGGACCCUGGAGUGUACCCAUUCUCGGAAGUCUGCCUUUCUUAGGUAAAGACCUCCGAAUGGAGGCGAUGCGGAUGUCCAAGGAAUUCAACUCUGACCUCAUUACGAUCAGUCUGGGACAACAACUCUGCAUACUACUCAAUUCAUUCGAUUCGAUAAAGGCGGCGCUGUCAGGCGAGGAUUUCUUGGACAGACCCAACAUCGUCUUCUUCCUGUAUCUCAACAAAAAAGGUAUUGGCAGCGCUGAUGGCCAACUAUGGAAAGAACAUCGCCGGCUCUCGCUCUCGGUGCUACGAGAUAUGGGCAUGGGCAAGAUGGCCGCCGAAGAAAAAAUCGAAGAGGAAAUCCAUCAACUCAUCGACGAAAUUGGGAAGAAGGGAGGCAGAAGUUUCGAGAUCGGUCCAUUACUAAGCAUGGCGACUGCGAACGUAAUCUUGGCGAUUUUGGCUGGCCAGAGGUAUGAUUAUGAGGAUCCGGAAUUUCUAUAUUUCGUCACGCGAUUCAAAGAAAACCUCACUCUGAUGCCGAGCGAAUCCUUGCUGAGUAUAUUUCCGUCAUUGCGCCACAUACCGGGAGACCUCUUCAACUAUGCCACGAUCAAGAAGAACGUUCGGGCCACGGAGGGCUUUGCGGUGAAACUCAUCAACGAGCACAAGAAGCGCUUUAAUCCUGAUAAUAUUGCUGAUUUCCUCGAUGCCUACAUUGCUGAGAAAGAAAAGCAGGACAAGAAGGAUCCAAACAACACAUUUACAGAUGAGCAGCUGCAGACUGUCUUCACCGACCUCUUCGAGGCCGGAAGCGAGACUACCGCCACCACUCUAGAAUGGGCGAUACUACUCAUGGUCACUCAUCCCGAAAUACAGCGGAAGAUCCAAUCAGAAAUCGAAGAUGCCAUCGGAGGCGAACGAUUCCCGACCAUGAAAGACCGCCGAAGUCUUCCUUUCACCGAAGCCGCUGUGCUCGAAAUACAACGUUUCGCCACAAUUGCGAGCUUCGGUCUUCCGCACUGCAACCUGUUCCGAGAUGUAUCGUUCCAGAAUUUCACAAUCCCCAAAGGCACCAUGAUGAUGCCAAAUAUCUGGGCCGUACACAGGGACCCGAAGAUUUGGAAGAACCCUGAUGCUUUCGAUCCUAGUAACUUCCUGGAUGACAAAGGUGGAGUUGUUCACAAACCCGAACUCAUACCUUUUGCUAUCGGUCGGCGUCAAUGCCCAGGCGAAGGACUUGCGAAAAUGGAGAUAUUUCUCGUCUUGGUGGCGCUUCUUCAGAAGUUUACGUUUACGAAACCAGAGGGCGCUGCAACUCCAAGUCUUCAAGGGGUGUUCGGUGUGACGAACGCGCCAGCCCCAUUUGAGAUAUGCGUGCGGCCGAGAUCGACGGGCUAACCAUUGACUCGCAGAGUGAUGGGCGAUCGUAUAAUGAAGACGCCGCGUGAUUUUUUAGUCACACUGUAUACUUUUCAGAAUAAAGCUGAUAGUGAUUUUCAGGAUAAGGUAGUUUGCAGGGUGAUUGAUAUAUAAUAUACAUGUAUAUACUAUAAAAACCAAGUUUUAGCAAAUUCGUAUGCAUAGCCUAAUAACUGCACUACUGCGUUCUAAAUAACUGCAUUUCAAUUUCCUUGGACCACAGUGAUUUCGGAUGGCGUGCUCUUUUGAUAUACGAUGUUCAGACUUUUAACCCUAUUGGUUACCUCGGUUUCCCGGACGAGGUCAAGGUUAAUAAUGGUCGAAUUAAUUUUUUGUGACUGGAAUCGUCAAUCUCCAAACCUCGCCCUUGGUAACGAUUGCCUAGUGAUACUAGACUCCCUGGGCACUUUAUUGCGUCAUCCUAAUUGGGGCUCCGUAGGGCGAGGGACGAGGCCGGUCCACUGCGUCCGGAGUGUAAGUGAUACUUGCAACGAGUACUCUAGCGUACUUAUACUUCGAAGCAAAUGCUAGCUAUUCUCUUUAUAACUCUUGCUAAAAGACAUCUGUUCACCGCAGGAGUGUAAUAAGUGACAUUACAUCACGGUGUCAAUAACCCUGAGGUAUGCUGUUGAAUGGGAUAAUUAUGUGUAAUACAUGUAAU